AUGAGCACCACCGCAACGAUAUCCCCCACUGCUACGGCUUCAGCAAUAUCAGCCACCGAGACAUGUACACAUCCAAAGCCAGGGAAAUAUGGCUACCUGCCUCCAGAUGCCUGUGAUGCCAUUCUGCUCUAUGUUCCGUCUUUUGGUGCCGCCAUUUUGUUCACGAUACUGUUCGGGUUGACGUUCAUCUGCCACAUAGUGCAAGCUUUCAUCCAUAAGAAGAAAUAUGCCUGGGUCGUUAUCAUGGGAGCCAGUUGGGAGUUACUUGCAUUUGUCUUCCGGACUCUACAAACACGACACCAGGACAGCGAGGCCUAUGCGACUGCUCACACGCUUCUAUAUCUUUUGGCACCUUUGUGGAUCAAUGCCUUCAUCUACAUGACCCUAGGCCGCCUCAUCCAUUUCUUCAUCCCCGACCAACGGCUCGGUGGAAUCACCGCCAAACGAUACGGAUUAGUCUUUGUGUGGCUUGAUAUCUUGGCCUUUCUCGUCCAGCUAGCCGGUGCCGGCAUCACGACGCAGAACGACUUGCCCAACAGCACCAUCAUGCUCGGUAUCCAUAUCUACAUGGGCGGUAUCGGACUACAAGAGUUGUUCGUGCUGAUCUUCGGUGGCCUGGCAAUUCAUCUCCACCGUCGCAUGGCACAGAUGGAGAACCGCGGGGCAUUGGACCAGGAAAAGACCACUCGGGGCUCGGCUUCCUGGCGCUGGCUGUUCUGGGCGAUAUAUGGCUCUUUGACUCUCAUCACCAUCCGAAUCAUCUUCCGACUGUGCCAGUACGCUCGAGGAACAGACCCGAGCAACCCCAUUCUGACCCACGAGGCCUACGAAUAUGUCCUGGAUGCCACGCCAAUGUUCCUCGCCCUGGCCAUUUUGAACGUCGUUCAUCCCGGUCGCGUCUUGCAAGGACCAGACUCGGAAUUUCCCAAGGUCAGCAGACAGGAGAAAAAGCGAAUCAAGCAGGAGAAGAAAGAGGAGAAGAGAGCCGAGCGAGAGCGGAAGAAGAAUGCGCGUCGUAAGAACAAGGAAGGACCUUUCGAGUCGCUUUCAAUCCAGGAAGAGGGUCAGUUCUACGAUUCCAAAGUCCAAUGUUGA